UUUGUGCAGCUUUUUUGGAAAACAAGGAUUCCCCUGCAGUUUGCUGUUUUGUGGUCCACAAGAGGUGCCAUGAAUUUGUCACGUUCUCCUGCCCGGGGGCAGAUAAGGGGCCGGACACAGACGAUCCCAGAACAAAGCAUAAGUUUAAGAUCCACACCUAUGGGAGCCCCACCUUCUGCGAUCACUGUGGCUCUCUGCUCUACGGCCUCAUCCACCAGGGCAUGAAGUGCGACUCCUGCGAUAUGAACGUUCAUAAGCAGUGUGUCAUGAACGUUCCCAGCCUGUGUGGAACUGAUCACACUGAGCGGAGGGGGCGUCUCUACCUGAAGUGUGAGGUCACCGGCGAGAAGCUGCAGGUCACAGUGGGUGAAGGCAAAAACCUCAUACCCAUGGACCCCAACGGUGCGUCCGAUCCGUACGUCAAGCUCAAGCUCAUACCAGAUCCCAAAAAUGAGACCAAGCAGAAGACCAAAACUAUCCGCGCCAACCUCAACCCCAAAUGGAACGAGACAUUUAAUUUCAAGCUGAAGCCUACAGAUAAAGACCGCAGGCUGUCAGUGGAAGUGUGGGACUGGGAUCGGACCACCAGGAACGACUUCAUGGGAGCCCUCUCCUUCGGCGUGUCCGAGCUCAUGAAGGCUCCAGUCUGUGGCUGGUAUAAGUUAUUGUGCCAGGAGGAGGGCGAGUACUACAAUGUUCCCAUCUCAGAGGAGGAUGAUGGUAAUGAGGAACUGAGGCAGAAAUUUGAGGACCAAGCAGUUGUGGAAGACUCUGAUCAGAAAGCCAAACUAGGCCCAGGGAAGAAGGUGAUCACUGAGACGGACGACAGCCAGUCCAGCCAGCUGCCAUCUAACAGCCUGGACCAGGUCAAACUCAGCGACUUCUCCUUCCUGGCUGUGCUGGGGAAAGGCAGCUUUGGCAAGGUCAUGCUAGCAGAGAUGAGGACCUCUGAAGAGCUGUACGCCAUUAAGAUCCUCAAGAAGGAUGUGGUGAUCCAGGACGAUGACGUUGAAUGUACCAUGGUGGAGAAGAGAGUUCUGGCCCAGCAGGACAAGCCGCCCUUCCUCACACAUCUACACUCGUGCUUCCAGACCGUGGACCGUCUGUACUUUGUCAUGGAGUACGUGAACGGGGGAGACCUCAUGUACCAUAUCCAACAAGUGGGAAAGUUCAAAGAGCCCCAGGCAGUGUUCUAUGCAGCAGAGAUCGCUGUUGGUCUCUUCUUCCUGCACACUAAAGGAGUCAUUUACAGGGAUCUGAAGUUGGACAACGUGAUGCUGGACGCUGAGGGACACAUUAAGAUUGCUGACUUUGGCAUGUGUAAAGAAAACAUGUCAGAAGGAGUGACCACGCGAACCUUCUGCGGCACUCCGGACUACAUCGCUCCAGAGAUUAAGAAAGCCAAACUAGGCCCAGGGAAGAAGGUGAUCACUGAGACGGACGACAGCCAGUCCAGCCAGCUGCCAUCUAACAGCCUGGACCAGGUCAAACUCAGCGACUUCUCCUUCCUGGCUGUGCUGGGGAAAGGCAGCUUUGGCAAGGUCAUGCUAGCAGAGAUGAGGACCUCUGAAGAGCUGUACGCCAUUAAGAUCCUCAAGAAGGAUGUGGUGAUCCAGGACGAUGACGUUGAAUGUACCAUGGUGGAGAAGAGAGUUCUGGCCCAGCAGGACAAGCCGCCCUUCCUCACACAUCUACACUCGUGCUUCCAGACCGUGGACCGUCUGUACUUUGUCAUGGAGUACGUGAACGGGGGAGACCUCAUGUACCAUAUCCAACAAGUGGGAAAGUUCAAAGAGCCCCAGGCAGUGUUCUAUGCAGCAGAGAUCGCUGUUGGUCUCUUCUUCCUGCACACUAAAGGAGUCAUUUACAGGGAUCUGAAGUUGGACAACGUGAUGCUGGACGCUGAGGGACACAUUAAGAUUGCUGACUUUGGCAUGUGUAAAGAAAACAUGUCAGAAGGAGUGACCACGCGAACCUUCUGCGGCACUCCGGACUACAUCGCUCCAGAGAUCAUCGCAUAUCAGCCGUACGGACGCUCUGUAGACUGGUGGGCAUAUGGAGUUCUGCUAUAUGAAAUGCUGGCAGGACAGCCUCCAUUCGAUGGUGAGGAUGAAGAUGAGCUGUUCCAGUCUAUCAUGGAGCACAAUGUGUCCUACCCCAAGUCCCUGUCCAAAGAAGCUGUGUCCAUCUGCAAAGGGUUGAUGACCAAACACCCAUCCAAGCGUCUGGGCUGCGGCCCCGAGGGAGAGAGGGACAUCAGAGAGCACGCCUUUUUCAGACGUAUCGAUUGGGAUCGCCUCCAGAACAGGGAGAUACAACCACCCUUCAAGCCUAAAGUGUGUGGCAAAGCAGCAGAGAACUUUGACAAGUUCUUCACACGCACCCAGCCCCAGCUCACACCACCAGACGAGCUGGUCAUUGCCAACAUCGACCAGGCCGAGUUUGCAGGUUUCUCUUUCGUCAACCCACAGUUUGUACACCCGUCUCUGACCAACAGCGUAUGAGAAGGAUGGAAAGACCUUCGUGAAGCCCCUCCCUGCUCACUGCCACCCUCUUAAACCAACUGCCAACCUAACAUCUGAAUACAACUUGAUCAAAGCCCACAAUAAGUCCUAAUGUAUUGGUGUUAUUCACAAGCAGGAUUCUAAGGCAUGCAUAUUUGCUCUGUACAAUAUUUUUUUUUUGCCAGUAUAGAUUAUGAAUCAGAUAGAUGAGAUUGUUUCUUGGCUACCACCAGAAAUAAUUCCCUUUAGUUUAAUGACAAGCAUGCGCUGUAGACAAAGGAUGUGCUUCCUGAACCUGGAGGCACUAAGACAGAAGGGUGCCAGGCUUUCUUUAUCUAUGCCAGUAUACUGUAUUAUACAAUUUAAAGAAUGAAUGAAUCUGCUUACAAAUCUCAAUGGAUAAAAAAAAACAUAUGGUCUACAGAUCUAGUCGGUGGUUGUAUCUAUAUGGAUAAUCAUCAUAUUACAGAUAUUAUGUGAUAACCAGAGAAACACUCAUAUAAGGCAGUGUAGAUGCUAUAGCCAAAUAUGAAGGAAUGAUGAUGCAGGCGUUGAAACGGCACCUCGUGGUUCAAUGUUUCCUGUAUCAUGUUUACAGCUUUUUUUUUUCCCCCCGCUCCCUUCCUGUCGAUUUCAUGCUGAUGGUGUAUAAUUCAAUUUUAUCGAUUCUAGCCAGUCUCAACUUUCAGUGCGCGUAGCAAGAAUGAACAGUUCUGUAAUAAAACAUAUGCAGCCCGUAAAAAGGUGAAUAUGUGAGACACAAAGGUAUGAAAGCGUUACUUCCAACUUGUCUAAAUUUUGCUCGGCUUAACUGUCAUCGCCCUGUUUGAUUUGGAUUUUUUAAAAACUAGUCAUCCACACACAUGUUUCUUAGCCCUUAUCGAGCUGCAGAUUGUAUACUUGUCAAUAAUUUAGUGGACACUAUGUGGACACACGGAAAAGUGGAAUCGGUUUAGUGUAUGGGUGAUCUCAAAACAUUCUUAUAUCUUCCUUGAAAUCAAAGCUAAACAGUUUACACUGUACACCCGUGGCUACAAAGCCCCCCCAUUGGUCGUAAAUGUCUUAUCAGAAGCUCUAAAGACAUUCUGACAUACUGUAUCAAUGGAUGUCAUUGUGUAUUAACCAUGCAAUGUUUUAUUGCAUACAGUAUCAUCCCCUCCAGAGUUGAUAUAAUAUGUUUGUCAGUUUGCGCUGAUUUGUGUGUCAACAGGAUGAUUUCUUCUGACGUCGCUUUGUCCUGAGAACAAACUUGUCUUUCAUUUGGAAUCAACAUAAUCUUUAUCAGUUGAAUCAUUCUUUGCAUCCCGUUUUGUUUCUUCAAAAAAAACAAAAAAAAAGAUUUCUUUUUACUCUCCUCCUCCUUUUUGUGAUCUCACACAUAUUUUUCCAUUAGAUCAGAUUAAUAUUUUAGUGUAUCGAAAAUCAGUGUAACUCCUUUGUAAAUAAUCAUGAGUUAUUUAAAAAAGAGUAUAGCAAGUUACAGUUUUUAUACCAACACCUGAAUGUGCUUUUAUUACAUUAAUUAGAUAAGCCAAUAUUUGUAUGUGUAAAAAGCUUAAACAACUAAUAACCCAGUACAGAUCAACUUUGUAACAGCUGGAUGUCUUUAUCAGAGUCCAGAUUUAGCAAGUUGUGAAAAAAAAAAUAUCUGUCGUACUUGUUUUGUCAGAUUUAUCAAAUCUUUUUUGUUUGUUUUUCUUUUUUAAACAGUUAUUUCUGACUGCAAAUUGUGUGUUGAUUGGAUGCGUGUCUGGCUGUUGACUGUCCCUCUGUAUCUGCAUGCUGUUGGUAGGCAUCAUUCGUGCACGCAAUACGCUAAAUGCUGCAUGCUGCAAAGUAUGAAACCCCAAAGAGUUACGACGUCAAAGUGAUACUCUGCUCAAAAUCUGUCUGUAAAGCUUCGAGUCACCCUUCGUGGUGUACCUGUUUUGUUAUUCUUUCGCAGAAUAGUGGCCAUGGGUAGCUCAAAUCCGUGUUGAUUAACAUCGAUUUCCAGCGACAGCUUUUCACCGCUACUAGAAAACAAAAUAUAAAAAGAAAUGUCUACACUUGUUCUCUGCUUGCAUGCUCAGUUUAUUUCAAAUUAUAUUUUUUGCUAAACUGCACUUUUUCCCAUCUCAGCCCUUCACACAGUUUUUACAAAACCCACAUUGGUCUUGAUUGUCGGUUUCAUCAAGCUUGCAGGAAGUGAAUGUCGCUCAGAAGAUUUAGUGUGGAGUAUCACUGCAAGCAUACAUCCAGAUUGGCCAGAUUUAAAAUCGGCCAUUACGUGUCAGAUAUUAUAAGAGUGCUGAUCUGAGACCAGCUAGGCUGUUAAAGAUUGGGACUGAGUUCCAGUGAAACAGUGUAGGCUGGAAAGCUAAUGUGUGAAAGCAAACUCUGCCAAAAGAAUGCAGAUCCCAGGGGCUGAAUAGUGCAAAAUAGACAUAUUAUCACAGCUUAUAAAUUCAAAUAGAUACUCAUACUACUUUUUCAAUUCUUUCCUGAGACCUAGAUGCUACUGGCUCUAGAUCAGUGCUCUCUGUAUGUACACUUUAUGGCCCCCCCGGUUGUGAAACACUGACUCCAGAUCUGUGUAGAGUUGUGUCUCAGAAGCUAAUUGUUAGACCUGUACACCGGCGGGACCGCUCGCUCUCCAGUGUCUCACCAAUGGGGUUUAUAUUAUAAUCUUAAUGUUGUGUUGUUGUCAGUUUGUAUAUUUGUUUUUUUUUUCUUUUGCUGUUUAUUUUUUGGCUGUCGUCAGUUGUUGUCAGUGUUGUCAGUUUUUGUUUUUUUUUUCUUUAGCUUCUACUCAAGACAAAUUCAGGAAUGUCUCAAAGAAUAUAUCACAUUAGAAGACGCAUAUCUGACCUAUAUAGAUAGGAACUAUGGAAAAUGUUUGUAAUAUUUUGUCCGUGUUUUUCUAAGAGUUGCACUCUCUCCUACGAUGUUUCCUAUCUUAUAUGACCUUUUGCAUGUGCCAAACCUGGAAAAUACCGGAACCCGACGAUAGCAGCCUUGCACUAGCUGUAGUCACACGGUUGACUUUCUGCGGCAGCUUCUUCUCCCUGUACAGGCUGCUAUACUCUCUGUUGGCCACAUAACAUAUUAGUAGCAUGCUGCCAUGAGUAUACCAGUGCACAUUGUGUCAGUACACUUAACAAUACCUGUCAGUUUGAUAGUCAACUUACCGUGCACGUUAUUAGAUUUUCCUGUUCCCGUUACUAGAGCUUCUUCUAGCCUUGGGCAGAAUUGUGUGUGGGGAAAAAAAAAACAAGACAUUUCAGCUUGUGGAGCGUUUGAUUUAACAUCCGCGGUGAAUUUCACAGAAAUGAGAGAAAAUAUUCCUUGUACAUACUCAGAGUUUGCUCACCAACAGUCUUGCCUCUUUGUCUAAGCCUAUCUCGCACCUCUGUAUGUGCUGACUAAAUAGUCUAGCUCCAUCCCUUUAAUAGAACCCUCUGUUGACUUGCUGUGUUUUCAGGAUGUCAAGUCACAGUCAGUGUGGGCAUAACAAAGAUUAAUACUCUUCCCUUGUGUGCCUUUCCCAGCUUGUACAGAUACACUGUACAUAUUCUUUUUAAUUUUCAACUUCCUCGCUCUGACCCGAACUCUCUAUUCCAUUUUUAGUCCAAACCCUAAACUCAUUGUUUUCUGUUCUUAAAUAAGUUUUCAAACUAGUUAAUUUACUCGAUUUUUACUUCAUUUUAUUCCAUGUUUUAGCACCUCUCGCAGUUCACAUGAAUGUAUAUCAAAAGUUCUAUUAAACAGAUUUACACCAAUCGACUGAGAUCGAGUCUGAAAAAAGUACAACUGGAUUCAUCUGUGUGUGUCUGCUUGCUUCACCUUUACCUCCCUGUGCCUAUUAAUAACGUGGCGAUUUAAUUACUGAAUCUAUCGACAGUAUCGUCAGACGACACCGGGCGGUGGGGGGGGGGAGAGUGAAGGAACGGGUGAUGGAUUAGGUUCAGUUAAAAGAUUGACAGGAAAGCUGAUUAUGGCUUGUUUGAAUAACAACCCCUGUGCCUCGUCACAUUGAACCAUCCCUCCGUCGUCCUCUCGUCUACGCCGUCUUUCAAUCCAUCAGUAUCUCCUUCCUCAGUGCCUGGACCAAGUCGAUCCAUCACCUUAUUGAUAGCGUCCUCCACCUUUCCCCUUUUUAAAUCUCAAGGUCAGGAAAGCCAUCGAUAUUCUCGUGUGUUUUCUCGCUCAACAGAAACCACCUUCUACAUUUCUCCCUAUAACGCACGACGGGAAAGGAGUUAGCCAAAUGAAUUUGGUGUCGUCUUUGUUUACAUUCUAUCUGAUGUCCUCACCUUCUCGAUUUUAAUUUAAUUGAUUUGGACGGCCAGAUAAUGAUAAUACUGUAAAGAUGAAAUCGUAAAUGUAGGGUUUGAGAGAGGUUUUUUUUUUCUUUUUCAUACAGUUUUUUUUUCUUUGCUUUAGAUGAAUAUGGUGUAACGUCUUUCUUCUUUGUAGUUGGUCAUUACUCUUUGCUGUGUCCUGUUCGCUGUGGAACGAGAGAGUCGACGUGAACUGCUAUCCUCUUGGCCGUACAGGGCGCAGGAUCAGUGAUGUGCAGGAAUGCCUUAUAUCUUAACCCGUACAGUAACUCUCCUGUGUUUGUUCAUUUAUAACCUCUGCACCCCCCUUGUCCUUGUACAUAAAUGACUUACAGUAGAUAUCUACAUAGACUGUAAAAGAAAGAAUAUAUUGUAUUUUGUAAAUGGUGUACGUUUGUUUUCUUCCCUUGUCAGCCUGAAACCUUUAACAUGAGUCUGAGCUACUUACCUCGUAAUUGAUUGUGUCAUUUGUACCUAAUGUAUGAUAAUGCAAAUAAAAAAAAGCAAAAUGAGGUCCAUACUUA